ACUCACGUUGUUUACACGCUAUGAGAGUUAAACAUUUUUUCGCAAAAUAUUAAAUACAUAAUAUUAAUUAUAAUAUACUAGCCGCGGCGGACCGUCUAAAGUAUUUUAGCAAUCGAUUAAUUUUUUAUAGUGAUUUCAGUUAAGUAUAAUUUUUUACUUAGAUAUUUAAUGUUUUUCAGUAAUUAGGUCGUCAUUACUAUUAGUACGCGAAUAAAUAAUUACAAAACGAAAACUAUUUGAAUCAUGAAAUCAAAAACCCAAUAGGGAUACAGACUUAACGCUUUACGCUGCCAUGGUAUAUUACUAUGUAUCGUUUUCUGUGGUUAUAUGAUACAGUGAAUUUUCAGAACCAUGAACCAUGCGUGUAGUAGUUGGACAGUUUUAUGCGACGAACAAGCAAGAAUCAGUGCGGAACGGUUAGUGUCUGCGUUCCCAACUCAACCGUCUUCUCGGCAAGAAGUACUUGGUCGUUUUAUUAAAGCGUUUGCCACACACUUUAAACGCGAGUGCGAUAGGUACAAUUGGCCUGAUAAUGAUUCCGUCAACAGCGAUUCAGACCCAGAGUCGACGGUCACUAUUAAGAAGAAGCCUUUCUUCCGACGAAUGUCGUUUAGAGCGCUCCGCCCUUUAUUUCACAAACAACAUUCUGACGAAGUAGAACUGGAUGCUACAUCAAUAGCGUCGCAGAGACCAAAAAUAUAUAAAAAAAAGUUAGCCAAAAUUGUCGUGGAGUGUCGCAAAGAAGGCAUUGUCAACUAUAGACUAGGUGAAACAUUGGAUGGCGGUGAACCAAAGUGGGAAAAAGCGAGACUCGCUUUGGUUAAAAACGCUAACGGUUAUACACUCGAGUUUUAUUCCCCUCCCAAGUCUGUCAAGCCCAAACACGGAGUGUUUUGUUUUCUUAUCCAAGAUGCUAGAGAAACCAAAGAAAUUGAAAUGCCUGAACGAUACGCUAAUACAUUUGUUCUUAAGGAUGAAAACAGUGUUGAAUAUAUAAUCGAUGCAAUAAGUCCUGAAGAAAUGCGUCAAUGGCUAGCGACUGUGAAAUAUUGUAUGCGCAAACGUGAUGGCAUACAUGACGAUAUAAGUAUUAUAGGUAGUAUUGACGGUAUUUUUGAUUCAUCUGUUGCACACACCACCGACACCCUUUUAAGUUCGCCUCAGAGCUCCACAAAUAAUUUAGACAGUAUUACGAAUUCAGACAUUGAAAAUGAAAUAUCCACAUCUCUUCGUCUGUACCCGUGGUUCCACGGUAUGCUUGCACGUUCGGACGCUACCAAUUUGGUAUCGCACCUAGGUACCGAUGGUCAUGGCAUGUUCCUGGUCAGGCAAUCAGAAACCCGUAAGGGCGAAUAUGUUCUGACGUUCAAUUUUAAAGGCAAACCAAAACAUUUGCGAAUGACGUUGAACGAACUAGGUCAAUGUCGCGUCCAACACCUUCCGUUUUCCAGCAUACAAGACAUGUUGGAACAUUUCCAGACGCACCUGAUACCUUUGGAAAAUGGUGGUCCAGGCGACGUUACCCUACGUGACUUCAUAGUCAACACUCCUAUCAAACAAGGAGCCCCGCCAGCCAAUGGUAGUAGCGGAGAUUUUAUUUUGAUCACUCGCCACCCAAACCCGUCAUCGUCUCAAAAUUCAGAGCAUGGAUUACGACCGGCUGCGCCUCAAUUGUACCGAGAAUUCAAAACUUUGUUGGCUCCGAUUAGAACGAAAACAAAAGAUCUACAGGCUGAAUUCUCUAAUCGAUCGACUCCGGAACCAGGAGUCGGCAACAUAGUCAGAGCGGUCAACAACCAGUAUACAUUAAGAUGAGCUUAAUGUAAUUUUUUAUUAAUUAUUAUAAAAUAUUCAGUAUUAAGUAUUUAAAAAAUGUUUCCGAUAACCAAAAUUGUUACAAAUAUUUAACUUAUUAGUUAUUUAAUGAAAUCGAAAACGUGCUUAUGAAUUUGUGUGUUUUUUGCCUAAAUAUAUAUAUAUAUAUA